AUGUCCUUCUUCGGUUUUGGCAAGAGUAAGGAGCCAGAGCCUUCUAUAUCCUCCUCGGAUUCGUAUGCAUACGAAGAACCAAAUUAUGACUACAGUGCACCUGCAGUGUCAUCAUCAUUCGACUCGCAAUCUUCCACGCCUUCGUCAAAUCUUGGCGGUGGUACGUCGUCGGGCGCCGCAGAAAUGCAGCAAUUGAUUAUGGAAGAGCAACAGCGCGCUUUGAUCCAGCAAGCCAUUUCGAAAAUUACAGCGCUCGCCUGGGACAAAUGUAGUGCGAGUAAGCCCGACUCUGAGCUUUCAUACAAGGAGAAGGACUGCAUUAAAAAUGUGACACUCGCCUAUUUGGACACGAGCAUGUUUGUGGUGCACCGCCUUAACAAGUCCGGCAGCGCCUGA